AUGGGAGCCCUCGCGGGGCGGGGCCAACAGCGCGCCACGCGCACGCGCGGAGCAGCACAAGGAGCGGGGCGGCCAGCGCCACCCGCCGCCCCGCAGAGCCACCCCCCCGCGGGCACCCGGGAGAGCCCCGCCGCCCCGCAGAGCCACCCGCCCGCGGGCACCCGGGAGAGCCCCGCCGCCCCGCAGAGCCACCCCCCCGCGGGCACCCGGGAGAGCCCCGCCGCCCCGCAAAAGAACCCCCCCGCGGGCACCCGGGAGAGCCCCGCCGCCCCGCAGAGCCACCCGCCCGCGGGCACCCGGGAGAGCCCCGCCGCCCCGCAAAAGAACCCCCCCGCGGGCACCCGGGAGAGCCCCGCCGCCCCGCAGAGCCACCCGCCCGCGGGCACCCGGGCCGGCCCCGCCGCCAGCCACGCUUGCCGCACUCCAGCGCCCGACCGCCGAGACAGCCCCCCUGCGCAGGCCAGCCCGGGAAACCGGGAAUUAGCACCGAGCGUACGAUUCCUCCCUUCCAGGCAAGGACAGCAACCAACCGACGUCCAGGGUGGGACGUGUAUUUCACCGGUUCAUUCACAACAAUAUGUCAGAUACCGAAAAUAUGACACAGAUGCAAGCUCUUCGCGGGCAAGCCAUAACGCUAACGUGCCAUUUUCCAAGAACGCUUUUCCCCACUACAUUCAGCAGAAGGCAGCGGUCUGUGCCAGCUGCAUCCAAAAGAUCUGCUUCUGUACCCUGUGA